AGACUGCUUUCCGCUGCACCAGGCUUCUACUGCAGAAUGAAGCUAUUCUCGGCUUUUGCUCUCGUCUCCCUCACUUACCUCUCCACUCUGGCCGCACCAACCAAGAAUAGAGCGUAAAUAUAGCAAUACAAAACCCCCCAACAAUCAAACAACAAAAUGCAAACUAUGCCAGAUGGAAAAUAAGUCCAGGACCAGUCUAUUGGCUCAGGGUGUCCGACCCUCCACAGGAGGAGCUGCGCGUUCGAUGGCCACAGUUGCAGAAUUCCUAUUUUCAGAUGAAGCCACUGAGCCAAUUUGUGAGCAGCUAAGAGAGUUGUUCCAGGUGUGCCCAAAGAGCUAUAUACCAGUGUGUGGAACUGAUGGCAUAACCUACGACAAUGAAUGUCACCUCUGCAAUGCCGCUCAAAAAGACCAAGCUGAAAUCUUGAUUCAGAAAUUUGGACCAUGCAGAAAUCAACGUCGCAGAAUCUGAGUUUCCACUUAUUCGGUCGAACUAUCUGUCGUUAUUUUCUGUUGUAUUUAAGGGCUGUCUGUCAAGAAAAGAGAGACAAUUGAAACAUUUGACUGCUGGAAA